UGCGGCCGCGGCGGAGCGCCCGCCCCCCGCUCGCCCUCCGCCGGCUGGCCGGCGCGGCCAUGGAGGUCUACAUCCUGUCCUUUCGCUAUGAGGAGAGUGACCUGGAGCGGGGAUACACGGUGUUUAAGAUAGAAGUGCUAAUGAAUGGAAGAAAACAUUUUGUUGAAAAAAGGUACAGCGAAUUUCAUGCUUUGCACAAAAAGCUUAAGAAAUGUAUAAAAUCUCCAGAAAUUCCUUCGAAACAUGUUAGGAACUGGGUUCCAAAAGUGUUAGAACAGCGACGACAAGGUUUCGAAACAUAUUUACAGGCUGUCAUUUUAGAAAAUGAAGAACUUCCCAAACUGUUUAUUGAUUUUCUAAACGUGCGACACUUGCCCUCUCUACCAAAGGCAGAAAGUUGUGGAUCUUUUGAUGAGACAGAAUCUGAAGAGUCAAGCAAACUGUCCCACCAGCCCGUGCUGCUGUUCCUCAGGGAUCCAUACGUCUUGCCUGCAGCCAGCGAUUUUCAGAAUGUGGUUACUGAGGGAGUGCUCCAUGGGAUAUUUUACCCUCAUCUGCAGCCCAGGUAGAAAUCCUACAUGGCUAAAAGAAGCUGAGGCAAGUUUCGAAAACACAGCCAAGGAAAUCAAUACCUACCAAAUUAACCGAAACUCUACGACCUAAUAGCUUUAGCUAGUGGUAAAAUUCACAGUCCCAGCUUAAUUCAGGGCAGGGACCUUUCCAUUAGAAUCGUGCUUUUAAAAAUAGAAACUGAACCAGGGCAGCGGUCAGGUGAAGGCCAAGUGUUCAAGAAGUAGAAUGUAGCUGCCA